CAGCGCUGUGGCGUAUCAGAAGUCGUCAAUUUGGCACAGCCGAUACAGGAGCCGCCAUUAGUCCAGACGAACUACGACUCUUCUCGACUGUUUCCUUCUCUCUGCAACCUACAAUCCUCAAUUAGCUCUCUAAAUUCUCCAGAGUAUCCCGUCUCAAUCCCUCACAAUGGCCACUUCGUUCCCUCCCCGCUGGUCGGCCCUCGCCCGCGACACCAACGAGACUAAGAUCCAACUUGCUCUCAACCUAGAUGGCGGAGACUUUCCCCCCGAUACCGAUGCUCGCCUCCUCGAUGGCCCCGACAGCCACGCCUCCCAGGCCAGCAAGUCGCAGAAGAUUGCCAUCGAUACCGGCAUUGGCUUCCUCGACCAUAUGCUCCAUGCCCUCGCCAAGCACGCCAACUGGAGUCUGGCUAUAAAGUGCCAGGGUGAUCUUCACAUUGACGACCACCACACCGCUGAAGAUGUCUGUAUCGCUCUCGGUUACGCCUUCGGCAAGGCCCUCGGCACUCCCACCGGCCUCGCCCGCUACGGCUUCGCCUACACCCCGCUCGACGAGGCCCUCUCCCGCGCCGUCAUCGACCUCUCCAACCGCCCCUACUGUGUCGUCGACCUCGGACUCAAGCGUGAGUUCCUCGGCAAGCUGAGCUGCGAGAUGAUUCCCCACUGCUUCCAGAGCUUUGCCCAGGGUGCCCGCGUCACCCUCCACGUCCACUGCCUCCACGGUGAGAACGAUCACCAUCGCGCCGAGAGCGCCUUCAAGGCCCUCGCCGUCGCUGUCAAAAUGGCCACAUCCCGGGUCGCCGGAAAGGAGGGCGAGGUUCCCAGCACCAAGGGAACCUUGACUGCGUAAGUGACGGGCAUUGGUGAUGAGAUUUGGAGUUUAAGGUCGGGACAAAUUUUGGAUAGACGUUGGUUGUAUGUUCGGGUAAAUAUUAGACACAGGGCCGUGUUUUCGGAGGUCCAACUCAUGAUGAACCAUGUCAACAAUAUGAAUAUUACCGCUCUCACGCAGAACAGUUUAGGGAGAAAAAAUGAGAUCAAGUGGACAGUUAAUGAACCAGUCU